AUGAAUCUGUUGUUAUACCUAAAAUAUGUUUUAUUUUAUUUUUUUUGUACACAUUUAUUUUUUCUCCAUGUGAUAACAAAACAUAAUUUAAACAAAGAAAAAGGAUACAUAAUAAAGAAUGAUUAUAAAUAUAAAAGGAAAAGGAAACAUAAUAAUUUAAAAAAAAAAGCUUUUUUUAUAAUAUGUAAUAACUGUAGAACAAAUAAUAACAAAUUUUAUAUUAUCUUUAAUAAAAAGAGAGGUGAAAAUAUAUGUAAUGUUAAAAAAAAGAAAGCAUUUGGAUAUUUACAUUUAAAUAAUAAGGAUCAUGUCGAAAAGAAUAAUGUUGUAAAUAAUAAUAAAGAAAUAGAGAAAUUAUUAUUAGAUGUAUUAGGUGAUCGUCCUAAUUGGUAUGAUUCAAAAUAUUUCUCUCCUGCAAAAAUUAAUUUAUUUUUAAGAUUGAAGGAAAAAAAAGAAACAUAUAAUGAACUAUCAACAUUAAUGCAUUCAUUAAAUUUGGGUGAUGAUAUUUUUAUAAGAGCUUUGAAAAAAGAAGAUCAAAAUAGAUUAAGACAUUUUUUACACCCAUGCAAAUCUGGAGAUUUUUUAACAACAGUAAGAAUAGAAGAUGAAAAUAGAGGUAAUGAAACAUUAAAAGAAGAUUAUAAAAUAGAUGAAUUUAAUAGGAAUGAUAAAGGUUUAUUUAAAAAUAUGAAAGAAGAUGUAAUGAUUGAAGCACAUGAAAAUUUAGCAUAUGAAUAUAAACAUUACCCUCUAAAUGAUGAUAAUAUUAUUAUUAAGGUUUUAAAAAGAUAUAGAGAAGAAUUUAAUAUAAGUGACGGAAUAAGAUUCUUAAUACAUGUAAAUAAAAGAAUACCAAUAUUUAGUGGUGUUGGUGGUGGUUCAUCUAAUGGUGCUACAGUUUUUUAUUUCUUAGAAAAUAAUUUUUAUAAAUAUUUUAAAGGUGAUCCUUUAAAAGAAAAUGACUUCUUAAAAACUAUAGGAAGUGAUAUAUCCUUUUUUAGUAGUUCAGGAUUUGCUUAUUGUAGUGGUAAAGGGAAUAAUGUAACCGAUUUAAAAAAUAUUGAAGCAAAUAUAAAAGACAAAGAUAUAUAUUUAUUUAAAAUUGAUGAUGGCUUAUCAUCAAAAUUAGUAUAUAAAAAUGUAGACUAUAAAAAAAUAAUACAAUAUAAUCCAGUGAAUUUAUUAAAAUGUUUAAUAAAUAAACCAGAAAAUGAUGAUAUAAUUAAACAAAUUGAAGAACAAGAAAAAAAUUUUGCCAACACUUUUAUUCCGUUAGAUAACAGAGAUAAUUUACAAAAUUUAUUUGUUAAUGAUUUAGAACAUUCAGCAUUUUAUUUAAUUAAAAAGUUACAAGAUUUAAAAGAAUAUUUAAGAAAUCAAAAUAUCUUUGAUGUUGUAUCCAUGAGUGGAAGUGGGUCUUCUCUAUUUGCAUUAUCAAACAAAAAAAGUCAGACCCAUGAAAUUUCUUCAUCGUUUCAAAAAGAAGGAAUUAAAAAAUUAAUAAACGAUAUAAAGAUAAAAUUUAAUAUGAAUGUUAGGGUUUAUUUGUGUGAUGCUCUGCGAAAAGCUCAUAAUGCUUGGUACGACCCUACCAAUCUAGCACAUGAGUUCAAGUGA